AUGCUGAUUCAAGCUCUAUCAUCAGAUAUCUCCCUGGCUUUGAAGGUCCUCUCCCUUUUAAACUUGAAACCGGGUUCUCUUUCCGCUCCACUCAUCUUAUUCUCCACAUAUACAGUUAGCAAUGUAAUGGAUCUGUGUGUUCUGAGUAUUGGAGUUAAAAUCAUUUCAGGGCCUCUUGCUUUCAAGGUUGAGGCCUACAAUGGAAGUAUCCCUUUGUCUCUACUACAUAUUCAUGGACUAAGAAAGAUAACUUUCUUCAUCUUCAGGUUUAGAAUGAUUGCUUCUUUUCAAGUGGCGAAUAUAAUCUAUUUGGACCAGCCUGUUGGGACUGGCUUCUCCUACUCAAGAAAUCCACUUGCUGAUAUACCAAGUGACACUGGAUCAGUUAAACGUUUCGACGAGUUUCUUCUGGCUAGCCAAGCAUCCUGAGUAUUUCUCAAAUCCUUUCUAUGUCACCGGAAACUCUUACUCCGGUUAGGUGAUUCCGGCCAUCGUUCAAGAAAUCUCAAAUGGAAAUUAUAUAUGCUGCAAACCUCAAAUAAAUCCUCAGGGAUAUGUGCUCGGAAAUCCAGCAACAGGCUGUGAUCUUGAUUAUAACACUCGCAUUCCAUUUGCUCAUGGAAUGGCACUUAUCUCUGAUGAACUCUAUGAUUCGAUGAAGAGAAGCUGUGGAGGAAGUUAUUUAAUUGUGGAUCCUCUUAACACAGAAUGCUUGAAACUCGUUGAAGACUAUAAGAAGGUAGACACAUUUUACAUCGUAUUUCUUAAAUUUAUUUAAUGGGUUUGGUUUAUAUAGGGAGGUGGGCACACGUUAGAGUAUAAACCAGAGGAGAGCUCAAUUCUGUUCAAGAGGUGGAUAAGUAACCUCUUUAACCUUGGAGUUAUCUGAUUAGUCUUGAAGCAGAAAUGAUUUGUUUUGCUGAUUCAUGGAGACAUAUUUUGUUAUUUAUUGUAUUCAUUAAUAUUUGUUUCGUUUGGACCGGUUAGUCAUUUAUAAUUACCGUUUGGCAAAAAACUAUUAAAAACUAUUCCAAGUUUCAUGAAGAAAAACACUAGAGAGAACAUGAACCAAAAGUUGAUUAUAUUCUCUUAGGAGGUAAUGUUGGUAUACUCUGCUCAUUCCUAAAGAAAUUAUCCGGGUCGACAGCGGUUUUCACCCGGACCAACCGGUCAAAAUUAUCGCCAAAAUACUUCCUCCCGUAGAUUUCACCCUUUCGAUAACUAUCCGCUCCGUGAUCAUUAACCCCGAUAUCGACAUCCCUGUAGUUCAAAUACGAGCUCCUUGGGUUUUUAGACACGAACCGGGUCAUGAUUCUAUAGGUCGUUCUUAGAUUACCAACGUAAAGCCUAUCCGCUUCCGGUCCAGCAUCGGUCCAUGUCACGGAGUGUUGGAUUUUGUAUAGCUUGUGCCUAUGCGGAAAUGCCGUUGCGUUAGCUGCGGUCGCGUUUAGGUUCCCUCCGUACGGGUUCAAAACCAAACCGGUUCUGUUUAAUGUCGCCAGUUUCUUAAACAACCGGUUUAGUUCUGGUUUGGUCAUCUCCUUCUCCACGUAAUCCGAUUUCCUCUUGAGAAACUUAGCCGAAUCGGGUUCUCUCUCGAGUAGAAUUUCCGGUUUGACUUUGUCCACGUCUACGUGGUUCAGCCACCACAAGAGUGAUUGGAUCCACGUCAUCUCUUUACAGUCCUCUUUCUUCAAGCCCAGUUCCGGAAACUCCUUCGCCAUCAUUGAAACGACGUCGUCGGCUUUUCCCAAGUACAAAGCUCGUAGCUUAGCUUUCACCGUAAGCGUAUUGUUCUUCGUCGCAGAGGAUAACAAAACUCUCAUGAAUAGACCCGGGUCGGUUCGUGGAGCCACGAAUUGCCAUUUGUGGACCAUGUCGAGGGCAUUUUGGUCCGCUGAUUUAUCUAUACGGAAGACGGUUACGGUUUUUGGAACCUCCACGAGUUUCACUUUGAAAGCCAAAACGACGCCGAAGCUUCCGCCGCCACCGCCUCUAAUCGCCCAGAAGAGAUCCUCCCCCAUCGAUUUCCGAUCGAGAAUUCUGCCGUUAGCGUCGACGAUCGUGGCGUCUACGACGUGAUCUAUCGUGAGUCCGAAUUUCCGAAGCAUGUGUCCGUAUCCUCCGCCGCUUACGUGUCCUCCGACGCCGACGGUAGAACAGAGUCCGGCGGGGAAAGCAUGUAGCGCGCUCUUCUCCCAGAUCCGGUAGUAAAGCUCGCCGAGCGUCGCGCCGGAUUGUACCCACGCGGAUCCUCCGUCGUCUUUCAAAUCGACGGUGAUGUUCCGGAAAUUAGAGAGAUCGAGAACGAGGAACGUUACCGUGGAGACGUAGGAGAGGCCGUCGUAGUCGUGGCCGCCGCUCCGGAUCUUCAUCUGGAGGUUCUGCGUUUUUGAGCAGAUCACGGCGGCUUGAACGUGGGAAUCCACACGUGGCACGACGAUGACCGACGGUUUCGGCGUUGAGGAGGUGUUGAAACGCGCAUUUCUGAUGUAUGCGCGUAGAACAGGGGAGAAGGAAACGCUAGUACGGGACAAAACGACGUCGGUUAGCUCCUUAUCGGGGAUGCCUGUCUUGUUUUUGAAACAUCGGACAAAAUCUUCGUAGACAUUCACGGAAUCUGCAGAUCCCGAUGAUAAUGAGUACGAUGCAGCAAAGAAGAGAAGAAAAAUGAGAUGCGUUGUAUCCAUUUCUUUCUUUUUCACUUUGGAUUUUUUUCUUUUGGGAUUUAUAUAACUCUGCGAAAGUGCUACUUUGAAUUCUCGGUCAAAUAUUGCCAACUUUUAU